ACCUGCCGUCGUCCCUGGCUUGCUGCUGGACUGAUCAUCACACUGGAGGCUACGGAAUGUCAAAAAUAAUGACAUUAGGAUGUCCUCUCAUUGAAUACUAGGCAUAGCCAAUAUAUUAUCUGCCAUGAAAUUCACACUACAGUAUAGGUUCUGCCUCUAUUGAAAGGUGUGGCCAUGAAUCAUUGGGAGGCAACAUACAUAAUUGUACCAGUAGGAAACAGUUCUUUUCCAACUGUGCGCCCAAAGCAGUAGACUGGGAUACAGAGGUCACAAGCAGAGAAGCAGCGACACCUUUAGCUUACUGGACACGUUUAACUCGGAAUAGAUCGUACCGUGGAAUUUAUAUCAAAAGGAUUUACGCCUCGUUCUGAGUGUAUUUUCGCUAACUCAAAAGAAAAACAGCGAUGAAUAUUUAUCUCAGAUUUGCAAUUUGUAUCGUUUAUGGAUCAGUGUCUUUCAGGAUAUCAAGUGGUACCUCUGCCAAUACCAUUGACAGGCACGGGGAUAAGUCUCCUGUCCAAUUAGCUGUGGUCAGUAUCCUCCACAAUGAUAAGGAAAUAAGAGACAACCAGCUAGAAUAUGACGAGGAGGAAUACUAUUAUGAACAUGGUGAUGAGGACUAUCUGUCUGGGGAUUAUGAAAUGGAGUUUCCAAAAGUGGCAUUUUCCACCAAGCCGAAAGAUCUGCCCGUGGCUCCUUACACAGUCAGGACAAGGGAGGGAAAGAGAAAAGGAAAGGGUAAGAAGAGGAACCCCUGUCUGAGGAAGUAUAAAGACUACUGCAUUCAUGGGGUCUGCCAAUACCUGAGAGAACUACGAGAGCCAUCCUGCAUAUGUUUGAUUGGAUACUCUGGUGAGCGGUGUCACCUUUUCACCCUGCCAGUCACAAAGGAAGCAGAAGGCUACAACAGGACAAUAGCACUGGCUGUGGUGGCAGUGGUUGUGUCCUUUCUGUGUCUGACAGUCAUCGCCAUAUUAAUGGCCAUCAGGUAUCAUAAGCAAGGUCAAUACAACCUUGAAAAUGAGGAGAAGGUCAAGCUUGAGGCGGUCGCAUAUCCUUGAGAAUUUAGUGACAGACUAGGAGGAUGACAAUUCUACCUCAGUUCAUUUUAAGAUAAAGUUCAUCCCCAAGAGGAACCUGUGGCGAUGUAGGGGGAGAUGGAUUAUGUUUACCACGUAGGACACCUGCCCGGCAUGGUCUGACAGACCUCCUGAAAGACAGUCCGGAGAGCAAACCAUGAUUAUAUGCGUGGGCCAUUUCCCAAUUGGAACAGGAAUCUCCAUUAACUAAUUGGGGCACACUAACUUGACUGAAGUCAUUUUUACAUGACACGGAGGAAUUAAAACAGACCGAGGAGAGAAUUUAGGGAAUUUAGAUUGUUGUCAGUUGGUGUCACUACCAACGUGACGCUCAUCCCUCAAGCUAUCUGACGUACAGUAUGACAAUAGGGAAUUUAUUGUGGGCUCUCAGCUGUGUUUCAUUUAUUUGUAGAAAAGGGUGCAAAGGGUGCCUAUGUUCCAUUUGGUCUUUUUAUGUGGUUUUUACCAGAAUUUCCAUUGUAGUAUUGGUGUAUUGUAUCAAUCAAUCCUUUAAAUACUGUAUUUAUUUCAUACUUAAGCGGUACUUAUUCAGAUUUGUACUUGCUUUUAUUAAUGUUCAGAGUGCACUGGCAGUUUGUUUGUAUGCUUCUGUAUUCUGUCCAAUUUAUGUUAAUAUGUAUUUAUAGUGUAAAACAACAUGCUGCUCAUGUUUUGAUCUAACAUUUUUGGUUAUACCAAAAUAAUAAACCUAAAAAAUAAAAAAUGCAGAAGAAAUUCUGAAGGUGAAAGAGCAUUCAUUAUGUACUUCCUUCUAUUUCACUGAUUGAUAGAGUGAGGAUUGUACCAUCGAUGAUGCUAGAAAUGAAACCCAAAAAAUAGAGGAAUAAGGACACACACACACACACACACACACACACACAGAGGAAGUGAAAGGGAAUGAG